AUGGGUCUGCUCUCGUGGUGGAAAGGGAAUGAACCCAAAGCCGAAACCAAGACCAGCCAGGAUCCGAAACCGACCGAGGCUGCUCCGGGCAUGAACGGCGCCGUUGAGGUGCCUCGACCACUCGCCGCCGCCAACAUCACCGUGUUCGAGUUCGGGUCAGUGGCGGCUUCAGCCGAUAAGGUCACGCUCGCCGGGUACUGCCCUGUCUCCGAAGACCUGGAGCCAUGCCGCUGGGAGAUCCUCCCUGCCAAUGGCUCGGAAGCGCCCCAGUUUCGAGUGGUCUUCUAAGCACUCACCCUGUGUCUGGGAGUGUGAAUUUAUGGAUUCACAGUGUAGUUUCUAAACAAUCCAAGUUUUAUACAUUUUGCUUUGUGAUUUUCAAGUUUUGAUUUUUAAUUUGAAUGUUGUGCUGAAUAGUGUCUGGUUUAUUCGUGUGUUGUAGAAAUUCACUUUUGCAUGGAAGAUCUGGUUAAUGAUUA